UUGAAAUUAAAAAAGUACAUUCACAGAUUGGUUGAAGUAUGUAUAUAAUUGUGUAAAAAGUUGGUUUGCUUGCCGUGGAGUUGGCAAACAAAUUAUAUUCAUACUCUUCGAGAAUACAUAUUGCCACAGCUUCCUCAAAAUAGAAAGGUAAUGUAUGUACAUAUAUAAUUCUGGACGAAUAUCUAAAUCGCACAAGCGUGGUAAUGCAUAUGCAAUUGAUAACAAUGGGUAAUAAAAAGUAUCAAUGACGCGCAAGGAGAACUGCAGCGGAAACUUUACCUAUCUACAUAAUUACAUAUUUGUAUAAAUGUUUGUCUGCGAAGGGUGGUUUCCCCAACCUUGAUAGUUGCUAACAGCAACAUAGACAACGAGAAUAUUUAAUAGCAGAGGCGAAAAUCGCAUACUACAACGGUGUAGGCAAGGCGGGAGCGCUGUGGCCUGGCUUAGGUGAUAAGAAAAAUAUAUAAAUCACAGUUUCCGAAACAAUUGUUAACGCAAACGGCAACACAAUAUUAGCAUACGCACAUUCUCGGAUGGUCUGAGCUUUCCAAUUACAUAUAUCCCCCAUAAGGAUGGCUGGUGGCGCUGCUUCUAUAUCACAUUGUGGCCCUGAAAACCGUCCUAACUCUACAUGUGCGGUUUGUGCCUCAACCACAUAUUCACGAAAUGCCAAUAGUGAUAAUUUUAUGCAAAUCAUUCAUUCUGAGGCACUGAUGAAGGGUCUCAAUGCGUUGCGUUGUGCAGAAAAGCUAUUUGAUGUUACCCUGCACGUUGAAGAACGAACAUUCAAGGCACAUAAGGUUGUUUUGGCUGCGUGCAGUGAUUACUUCUGCGCUAUGUUCACUGACGCUAUGCGUGAAGCACACCAGUCUGAAAUAAAAUUAAAUGGCAUAAAUGCGCAUGGUCUAGAGUUGCUGUUAGAAUAUGUAUAUACUUCAAAACUGGAGCUAGAUCGUAAUAAUGUGCAAGAUGUUUUGUCUGUGUCGACACAUGUCCAGAUGAAGGCCGCUAUUGACGCCUGUUCACAUUUUCUUGAGUCACAAAUUGACUUGGACAACUGCGUUGCGAUUACUGCUCUAGCCGACUUGUACUCACUAGAACCGUUGAAAAAGAAAGCUUAUCGGUACAUGUGUUCACGCCUCGAUGAAUUUUCGCAGACUCCCGAUUUACUUAGCCUCACAUUAGACCAAUUCGAACAUGUGCUCGCAUGUAAUUAUCCUGUGGAUUGCUCUGAACAGAGAGUGCUUGAAAUCGUUUUGGAAUACUGUUUGGAGUCUGAUCUAAAACCGGAAUUGGCGCGACGACUUUUCGGAAAAGUACAGUACCAUCAAAUUAGUGCAUGUGCUCUAGAUGUCAUGAAGACCAAAUGGAAUACAAAACUUAAGUCCGGCAUUGAUUCAAUUUUCUUGGCCUACUUUCGGGUGUUAAAUGAAGAAAUGUUAAAACAGGAGGUUGGAAAGUUGCAUUUAUCUGACACCUAUGUCGAUGACUUACUCUCGACGGACGUUUUAACGAAUACGCGAGGAAUGGAACUCGCCCUGGUUAAAAUAGGUGGCUUUGAGACAAAUGGCCUAACUAAUCGGAUAAGCUGUUUUCUACCUUCCAAAGGCAAAUGGGAGAGUCUUACCGUUAUACCGCACAUUGAACAAUGCAAUUACGGUACAGCAGUGUUGGGUAAUGAUUUGUAUGUAGUAGGCGGGUCUUAUGAUGUUUGCCUGAAGGAGUAUAUCCAUCCUUUCGGGUUUCGCUACUGUCCCGCCAAAAACAAAUGGAAAACCAUAGCGCCAAUACAGGCCGACCGCUGUCGAUUUUCGUUGAAUGCUAUGGGUAAUAAUUUUCUUUACGCAGUCGGCGGAGUCUGCGAACUGAACGAAAUUGAUGGUGGCGCUGAGCUUUGGGCACAUGAUAUGGCGGUUUCAAAUUGCGAACGCUAUGACGCAAAUGCUGAUCGCUGGGAGUACCUGCCAGCGCUGUCAGAGAAUCGAAGUCAGCAUGCCGGCGUCGUCUUGGGUGACCAACUAUAUAUAUCGGGUGGAAUCGACCGACACAUUGUCCUUGCAACGCUGUGGAGAUUUGACACGAAAUCAAACAAUUGGCAAAAACUUUGUCCGAUGCCGACACCACGCGCCGAUCAUGUACUCAUUGUCUUUGACGGUCGGAUUUAUGCUUUCGGUGGUUGGUACGAGGACCCUGUGACCGAAAUGCGCGUUUUAGCCGAUGCCGUGGACGUAUAUGAUACCAUCACUGAUCAGUGGGUGACUGAAUCGCGCAAUCCUUUGCCAAAGUAUUAUACCGGCGUCGCUGCGGUCAAAAGAAAAGUUUACUUUAUUGGCGGGUUGCUUUCGACGGCAACUAUAAAUCGCGCCACCUCAUCAGUGCAGUGUUACGACUUGGAUACCAAACAAUGGACUUUUAGCUCGGAGUGGGAGUAUCCGAAAGAGGUUUGGGAAAGUACUUGUGCGGCUUUCUAUGUGCCACGUGAACGUGAUAAUGUGAAGUACUAUUGGGAUGAUGUUUGA